AUGGCGGACAAAGACGAAAAGAGCUCAUUGCCUCUAUCGAGAAUCCGAACGAUCAUGAAAAGUUCACCAGAUGUGUCAAGCAUCAGUCACGAAGCAUUAUUCCUCACUGGCAAAGCAACGGAAUUGUUUGUACAAAACCUUGCCCAGGUGUCACUUGACCGAAGUAAAGAUAAGAAUCAGUUACACUACGGUGAUUUGUCUGAGGUAGUCAACACAAACGAUGUCCUUCAAUUUCUACAAGACAUUAUUCCUCGAAAAAUUAAAGCUCAAGAAUAUCUAGACAUGCUGGAGGAUGAUGAAGAGGAAACCUGACGUGAGAAUGGAAUUUACAGAAAAAUGGAUAAACAAUCAGGCAUUUACUAGGUUGCCUUUAUACUAGUGACAUCCCUAAGUACAAGUGACCUAAUGGAAGAACAUAUAAGGUUUAGCUAUUAGGCCAGGCCAUGUUGAUUGGUUGCUUUUAAAACUGGAAAUAACUGCCAUUAGAAGAUUUGUGACAUUCAGUUACAAGGCAAUUCAAUUGAUUGAUUUUUAAACUAGAAAAACUAACUGCCAUUGGAAGAACAUAUAAGGUUCAACUUUGGUAUAAGGCCAUACCAUGUUGAUUGUUUUUUUUUUUUUUUAUCUAGAAAGGACUAACUGCCAUUGGAAGAGCAUACAACAUACAGUUAUGAGACCAUUCCAUGUUGAUGGUUGUUUUUAAAACUAGAAAUGAUUAACUGCCAUUGGAAGAACAUUCAAGGUUCAUCUAAAAGCCAUGCCAUGUUGAAUAUGUGUGUUUUUUUUUCAUUUAUUUCCGAGCAUGUAAUAUUAUAUUGACAAAAAAGGUUUUAAUGAUAUCAAGAAAUUAAAAGAAACCAAGAAUGGGCAUUUAAAAUCAUUCCAUUGUUUACUUAACAUGUAAAAUCAAAAUUGAUAAAUUGUAUUGUAAUCCAAAAGAUUGUAAAGGAAGUUGAUUUUACAUUAGUCUCCUACAAAAUUUCCCACUGGACUACAUGUAAUUAUACAACCCAGUAAUUUUAGGAAAAGUGAAAGUGUUACAUACGUUAAAGACCUGAAUGUUUUAUAGUAAGAAAAUUUUUAUCAUAAAAUUCUGAAAGGCAGGUAAUUAAAAACAAUGUGUUGAUCAAUUUAUGUCUGUGAUAGACAAAUGCUAGAUAAUUAGAUUGAAAAUAUGCCUACAUCAUUGAUAGACAUGUGGGAACCUAAUAAAGUAAAGGUGACUUUUUUAAUGAGAGCAUAAUGAUAAACCCUUCCAAGAUUUAAAGGGUCUGGAACAUGUCAGUCAGUGGAUGAAUUCCACCCUGGAGCUGAGGAAAGGUCUCAUUUGGUAGUAUUUUUAUUUUAAAAAUUCUUUUAUUGAGAGACCAAACCCAACAUAGAUAUUAGUGGGUUAUUUAAACUUACUUUUCAAUAAACUGUUACAAUAGAAUAACUGGAUUUAAACAUAUUGAAUUGAAGAAAAUAAUAAUAUAUACUUUAUUUGUUUUACAAGAAAUGUGAAAUAAGUUAUUGCAACUUAUACUAGUUACUCUUGUUGGCUCGGAUGUAAGCGUGCGGGGUCUUCCUAUGAGAGAAAACCAGAGCACCUGCAGAAAACCCACUUUGUCACUCAGGUGAACCUACUACCUUUUCACAUCAGUUCUGGGAAUCAAACCAGGUGAAAGGCAAGUGCAUUUCCACUGUGCCACCCAACCACCCAAAAAAUGUAUUUGUAUAACACAUUGGAAGAUGUUUUAAGCAGAAUUUAUCUGUUGCAAAUAUUUUGGAUUUGGUGGAAGAGAUUUUGGAUAAGGGACAUAACUCUGGAAGGCUAGUUGUGAAUAAUCUUUAGACAAUAUUUUAUUUAAUUCAGUUUUAUAUUUCAAAUCUAAAUUUAAGUAAAUAAUAUGAGUUGCUGCAAGCUCGAAAUUAUGUUUAUUCUUCUUCUGUGUAAGAUGCUACACUUAAGACAAACAUUUACAGAAAUUGCUGAUAAGAACGACCAACAAUGGAUAUGAGAUGGCAAUGCAACAAUUUACUAUUAACUUAAGAAGUGAAAAUAUUUAGAAUAUAUGCAUAUGUAUAAUUUCAUUAGCACAAAGGGGACAAACAAUAGUAUUGUAUAACAUCAGUGAUUCUAAAAAAUAUAUAAAUUAUUUAUUCAAGUCAUGAACUGUUGAUGAUAAAAUUUUGAAAUGCGACAAAAAUUUUGGCAAUUUCCCAAACAUUCAAGGCUAGACUACCCCAAUAAAGAAGAUCAACAUUA